CACUUCCUGGAAGCGAGGUCACGUCAAAUAAACAGUUCCCCUUAAUCGUUGCAUUCCCCUGUAGGCGGUGUUCACACAAAAGACUGACUGAAAUUAGAAACUGAAGAACUGGCUGUACGGUGUUACAAGACAUUUUGUCCAUCAAGUCAGUCCACUCGGCAACUGCCUGCCCGGUACCAUCAUGUGUGAUCUCAGUCAAGACAGCGAUUUGGAUACAGAUCACAUGGCUGAUUUUUCCCUGAUGAACAGUCGCCUGGACUCAUUCCGUGGCUCCAGCCUGUCCCAACAGGUAUCAGCAGAAAGAUUGGCCCGGGCCGGCUUCUACUUCACCGGCCAUGCCGAUCGUGUCCGCUGUUUCUGCUGCCAGAAGACUGUGGAAAACUGGUGCAGGGGAGACACACCUGUAGAGAGACAUAAGGAGGUUUCCCCAUCAUGCAGGUUCCUCAGCUGCACCCACCGCACCAAUUUUAACCCCACUUGUGACACCAGACUGACUAACGGUUCCACCUACAAUGAAGAUGCUGAAGACAUGGAAUACCGUUUGAGAACAGGAGAGGUGGUCGACGAGUCCACCUACCCAAUGGUCCCUCACAUGAGGCGUGAGGAGGCCCGGCUUCAGACCUUCUCUUCCUGGCCAUCUACUGCUCCCGUGAGACCCCGAGAUCUGGCCCAAGCCGGCCUCUACUACCUAGGGGAGAGCGACCGGGUGCAGUGUUUCUGCUGUGGUGGCAUGCUGGGUGGCUGGGUAGCAGGAGACACCGCCUGGGGAGAACACACCAAACACUUUCCCUACUGCUUUUUCAUCCUCGGGCACGAUGUGGGCAACAUCCCAUUCCAGGGAGGUACGGAGGAGGAGGGUGGCAGCAGACAAUAUGCAAACACUCGUGUCCCCAUGGGGAGUUUGGAGGAGAGGCUUGGGAGCUUUGUAGGUGUCCAGCACCCUAUUGACCAUGAGAGGCUUGCCAGAGCUGGCUUCUACAGUACAGGAACAGAAGACAGGGUGUUGUGUUUCCGCUGUGGUGGAGGUUUGAAAGGCUGGCAGCCUGAGGAAGACCCUUGGGAAGAACAUGCUAAACACUACCCUGGAUGCAGCUUCCUGUUAGCAGAAAAAGGACAAGAAUUUGUCAACAGCAUCCAGCUGCAGGGCCCACGACGGAAUAGAGCUGCUUCAAGUCAUCAGAAUGGAUUUUCAGGACAUGGGAACGAGGUACUGCGGUCUCCGAUUGCUCAGAAGGCCAUAGAGAUGGGUUUAGAUCCUAGUGCUGUGGAAAAGACCAUCUUGGAGAAAAUGAGCAGGACGGGCUCAGGCUUCUCCACCCUGGAAGCACUUAUGGAGGACUGUCUGAAUAACACACCAGACAGCGAUGCUGCCAAGACACAGGAGAAAGAUGAGGACCCACUGGAGAAACUACGGAAGCUCCAAAUGGAGAAACAGUGCAAAAUAUGUAUGGACAGAGAUAUCUGUAUGGUCUUCAUUCCUUGUGGUCAUCUUGUCACCUGUAAGGAGUGUUCAGAGUCACUCAUCAAGUGCCCAAUCUGCUGUGGAGCCAUAACACAGAAGGUCAAGACCUAUAUCGCCUGAGGGAAUCACGAACUCUUGCCAAAUGUCAAUGCUGCUCUCUCACUAUCUUAUUGUAUUUUAAUAUUAAAUGUAGAUAGCUUGUAAUAUAUAUAAAGAUCACGUUGUCUGUAUGAAUAUGAGAAUGGAAGAAUAAAGUAAAGUCACAAGAAAACAUUUUCAAAAUCACAGAGAUGGUAAAUAGCUGAUAAUAUUGAGAAGGAAUGAUAUUAUAGAUAGCUGAUGUUGAUUUUAUAGGCAUUUAAUGAGUACUAAAGCCUGUAAAUACACACUAAAGGAUAAUUACCAUUUUGCAACACUCUUUUGCCAGAGGUGCCUUUCUCUUGGUUGAUGUACUUGUCGUUUUUGUUGUUUCAUUUUUUAAACUCCCCACAGGGAAGUUAAAGCAAACAUGGGAUUUAAUAUCAUGUUCAUACACUUACAUGUCCCACUCAUCUCAUCUGUUUUGUUUGGUGUACUCUUGGCCUCUAUUUUCUCAAUGUGUGCUGCUCUGUAUUGAAAUGUAUAAAGGUGGAUCAGUGAAUCCAUUAAGACUUUGUUUUAUAACUGAGGAAAUGAACUCUAACUUUGGGCCUGCAAGUUUGGUGUGAAAUUAUUUUACCAUUCCAUCAUGCAAUCUGUUGUGUCAUCAAGAGUGAAUAAAUUUUAGUAAUUGGGCUUGAAA